AGGAACUGUGCUGAGCUGUACAAAUCUGGACGAAGGAUUAGUGGUGUUUACACAAUCGACCCGGAUGGUUCAGGCGCCUUUAAUGUAUAUUGUGACCAAACUACAGCCAACGGGGGAUGGACGGUGAUCCAGAAGAGAAUGGAUGGCUCCGUUGAUUUUAACCGCACCUGGAACGAAUACAAACAUGGCUUCGGUAACUUGGUCGGUGAGUUUUGGCUCGGACUGGACAAGAUAAACCGCCUGACUCGAAACAAGACAAAGAACAAGCUUCGGGUAGAUCUGGGGGUAACUACUGGCAAAACUGUACACCCUGAGUAUGACUGGUUUGGGAUUGGGAACGAGACAGCUAAGUAUCGGCUAUACAUUGGCAAUAUUACAAGUAAGUUAACGGUGUUUUUUUUUUCGGCAUUUAUCAUUCGAUUUAUAUAUAUUAAUUCACUCUCAUUUAAAUCUCAAUAUUUUACUCUACUUGGUCGAAUAAUGGUAUUAUAAGUUGGCAAGGUAGUCCUGAGGUAAACCUGAAUGUCUGAUUGGUUCUUAUUCGAUCUGGAGUUAGGUCUUUGUGCCACGUAAGGAACUCACUUCUUACUAACCUUCAUUUUUUCCUUUAUUUCCUUUUAUGCGGAAAACAACAAAUUAUUCGCGGGAAAAAGGCGUUAUACGGAUCCUAGAAUUAUGCGAAUUUCUUUUGUUCUGUUUUGAAACAGAUGCCACCGUUUUCUCUGAUUCCCUCAGUCCCCACAGGAAUCUCGUUUUUGGUACCUGGGAUAGAGAUCCUGUUGAUUGUGCUCAAAGAGGUGGCAGAGGCUGGUGGUAUGGCAACGGUAUUAAAUGUGCUGUUUUUUCAAAUCUCAAUGGUAUUUAUCCGCGUUGUGGAAGGAACACUUCUGCAAAGAUUCACUGGGCAGAGUUAGAUCGAACCAGUGCCGAAGGCAGCGCUCCUUCAUCAACUGAAAUGAAAAUUAGACCGGUGGACUUUUAA